AUGGCUCCAACUCCCGAUCCCAACAACAGUCUCGGAGGCGCUGCGAAGCAGGAUGAAGCUUCCCUCAAGGUUCCUUCUAAGGAUCCCAAAAAGAAGGACGACAAAAAGGAAGAGGACCUGUCUGAAGAGGACUUGGAACUGAAGCAGAACCUUGAGCUCUAUGUCGAGAGGGUUCAGGAUCCCAAUCCGGAGUUGCAAAGGGCUGCGCUUGAAAGCAUGAGGCAGGAAAUCCGAGCUUCAACAAGCUCCAUGACUUCAGUUCCCAAACCACUAAAGUUUCUCCGUCCCCAUUAUGGAACUCUUAAAGCAUUUCAUGAAACAAUGGCUGAUUCUGAGCUCAAAAAGUACUUGUCCGAUAUCCUGUCUGUCUUGGCCCUUACCAUGUCUGCGGAGGGUGAAAGGGAAAGCCUAGGUUAUAGGUUGAUUGGAACAGAAGGUGACAUUGGAUCAUGGGGUCACGAAUAUGUCAGGAAUUUAGCUGGAGAGAUUGCGCAAGAGUAUUCAAAGCGUCAGAGUGAGGAGGCCCCUAUUGAUGAUUUAAUGGAGCUUGUGCAGCAAAUUGUUGCUUUUCACAUGAAGCAUAAUGCAGAAACCGAAGCUGUUGACCUUUUGAUGGAUGUUGAGGAUCUUGAUCUCUUACUUGAGCAUGUAGACAAAACAAAUUUCAAGAGGACAUGCAACUAUCUCACGAGUGCAGCAAAGUACCUUCCCGGACCAGAUGACAUGUUGGUUCUAGAUAUUUCCUACAUGAUUUACAUGAAAUUUGAAGAAUAUCCAAACGCUCUGCAGAUUGCAUUGUUUCUUGAUAACACGCAGUAUAUUAAACAAGUAUUUACCUCAUGCACGGAUCUUCUAAGAAAGAAACAGUUCUGCUACAUGAUUGCUCGUCAUGGUAUAACCUUUGACCUUGACGAUGAGAUGGUUGCCGAUGACGAUGACCGAGAAGCCCUACAGGAUAUUGUUAACAACACUAAGUUAAGUGAAGGAUAUUUGACUCUUGCAAGGGAUAUUGAGGUCAUGGAGGCCAAAACGCCUGAAGACAUCUACAAAGCUCACUUGCUCGAUGGCAGGGCGAGCUCUGGUGCAAGUGCGGAUUCUGCUAGACAGAAUUUGGCUGCUACCUUUGUCAACGCAUUUGUAAAUGCUGGUUUUGGUCAGGACAAACUUAUGACAGUACCUUCAGACACAACCACCGGAUCUUCUGGAAAUUGGCUCUUCAAAAAUAAAGAACAUGGCAAGACUAGUGCAGCUGCUAGUCUGGGUAUGAUUCAACUGUGGGAAGUGGAGUCUGGACUUAGCCAUCUCGACAAAUAUUUCCACAGUACUGAUAAUCCUAUCCUUGCUGGAGCACUGCUGGGAGUUGGGAUUGUAACUUGUGGAAUUAAGAACGAUUGUGAUCCUGCAUUGGCACUUCUUGGAGAUUAUGUAGACAAAGAGGAUUCAUCUGUCAGAAUUGGUGCUAUCAUGGGUCUUGGAAUUGCGUAUGCAGGUUCCCAAAAUGACCAGAUAAGAGCCAAAUUGUCGCCAAUACUGAAUGAUGCAAAAGCGCCGCUAGAUGUGAUAGCAUUUGCUUCACUUUCGUUGGGAAUGAUCUAUGUGGGUUCCUGUAAUGAAGAAGUAGCACAGUCUAUAAUAUUUGCUUUGAUGGAUCGAAGUGAGGCAGAACUGGGAGAGGCGCUCACUCGUUUCUUGGCUCUUGGUCUUGGACUUCUAUACCUGGGCAAACAGGAAAGUGUAGAGGCUACAGCUGAAGUUUCAAAGACGUUCAAUGAAAAGAUUAGAAAGUACUGUGAUAUGACACUUCUUUCCUGUGCUUAUGCUGGGACUGGGAAUGUCCUUAAGGUCCAAGACCUUCUUGCUCAGUGUGGAGAGCAUCUUGAGAAAGGUGACAUCCACCAGGGUCCAGCUGUGCUUGGAUUAGCGAUGGUUGCUAUGUCUGAAGAACUGGGAAUUGAUAUGGAGAUCCGUUCUUUAGAGCGGAUGCUACAAUACGGAGAACAGAACAUUCGGCGCGCUGUGCCGUUGGCCCUUGGUCUCCUAUGUAUUUCAAAUCCAAAGGUGACUGUGAUGGACACCUUGAGUCGGCUUAGCCAUGACACAGACUCGGAAGUUGCUAUGGCAGCAAUUAUAUCAUUGGGACUGAUAGGCGCUGGAACUAAUAACGCAAGGAUAGCCGGGAUGCUUCGGAGCCUGUCCAGCUAUUACUACAAGGACCCCAGUCUUCUCUUCUGUGUACGUAUUGCGCAAGGGCUGAUGCACAUGGGAAAGGGUCUCUUGACACUCAGCCCCUUCCACUCUGAACGGUUCUUGCUAUCGCCAACCGCACUUGCUGGUAUAGUGACACUCUUGCAUGCAUGCCUUGACAUGAAACCAAUCAUACUCGGGAAGUACCAUUAUGUGCUCUACUUCCUCGUUUUGGCGAUGCAACCGAGGAUGUUGUUGACAGUGGACAAAGACCUGAAGCCACUGUCAGUGCCAGUGAGGGUAGGACAGGCAGUGGAUGUGGUCGGACAAGCAGGUCGGCCCAAGACCAUAACCGGAUUCCAGACACACUCGACACCUGUCCUCCUUGCGGCUGGUGAGAGAGCCGAGCUAGCCACCGACAAAUACAUUCCUCUGUCGCCGAUACUAGAAGGGUUCAUCAUUUUGAAGGAGAAUCCAGACUACAGAGAGGAGUGA